UCGUAUUUUGGAAAGGAUCCUAGAACUAACAUUUCACCACGACACGAAUAUAAUGUAAUGCUUCAAUGAGCUGCAGCAUUAAGUUUGCUAUUUUUCAUUGGCAAUAAGACGUGUUUCUUCUUAUGUUAAAGGUAAUCUACUACUGUUGUAUAAGAAAGGGCAACUGAAGACAAUAGCAUUACCAUAAUCGAGGUGAAGGAUAAAGUGGGUAAAGUGGGAAUUCAUAAUUACAAUGUGUGAGCUUUCAAUGCUAAGAGCCAGACUAUAGCUGGUGUAAACAUAGAGUCAAAUAAAAAAGCAAGUAAGAAACUGACGCAAUGUGAAAUGUAAGACCUGUGAAUUGAGAAAUUAUAAUACUUAUGGACGUUGGAUAUAAAGUGAAUGACUUUGUAUACAAACAUAUCAACAUAAGUAUAAGAAUAUCAACAAGUCAAAUCUGAGUUUCUAGGUGAAGACUAUCUUUGUUCCAUAAAAUACUGUGUGAAAUCAGGAUAUUUUAUAACUUUUGUGAUUCCCGAUCCGAUAAAGAAACACAUAUACACAUUUGACGCUGAGACAUAUCACAUCAGUUUGACCUGCGUUUUAAAUUUCUGAACGUUUUAAGAUAGUUCGUAAUAAUGGGUUGAACAAGAUAAUUUGUUCUAAUCGGAAAUGUGACUUUGAACUUUGCAGCAAUAAUGGAAAUAUUCUGGACAAAGAUCGCUGUGUUGAUCGCUGCAGUCGCCGACCUAGCGACACCCAGUCUAUCGUGCGAGUAUAUUGUUGAGUCUCGGCGAGUCUCACAGCGUGACCUUCCGCCUGUUCGCCCUCUCCGCCAUUUGAACGGCACAUGCGAAAUUCCCGGCCGCCUCAGAGACCGAUGGACGCUCUUGACGCCCGAUCGCGAGCGGCUGCGAAUCCGGUCGCAUUCAAUGACAGCAAGGUAUCCCGGACAAACCAACCUGACCAGGAUCCGCUACCGAUGUUUAGAGAGUAGAGGACAUACAUUCCUUCUCGGCACGGAGACAAGCAUAGGGAGGCAGGGUUCCGGUGUUCUCUGUCUGGGGUUUGCUGCCAUCUUCGGGAACAGUGUUGUCGGCGAGUACAGCAUCGUCAGGCUCAACGCGGUCGGAUAUGAGAGUCACUUGCUCGGCCCACAACUCCUUCCCCGUACAACCGUGAAAUGGCCGACACUCAAUGACACGUGCGUUCAAGCCGCGGACCAGAAAGAUUACUACGCGGAAAUUGUCCGCGCAGAGCGUCGUUGCGUGUUUCCAGACGAGCUUCAUCGCACGUGGAAUUUUACACACCAUAAGGCCAGGCACGUCACGUUCGCAGAGAAGACGUUUACGUUUACGUUUAUGGACGGAAGUGUGCACAAAUUUGACUGUAACGUAAAGGAAGGUGAUAUCUACGUGCUGCGGGAGUUUGAAUUCACAGACGGACAGGACGGCGUGCUCUGUUAUAACAUUACACGGCUCUUAGAAGACCCUCAUUAUAAUUUCGAGAUGUCUAGGCUUAACAGCGGGGACCACAUGGAAGGGAUGGUUCGGCUUCUUCCUGUUGGAAGACCGGUGGAGCUUUCGGAGGACUGUGAUUGGUUGGAAAGCCCCGCGCGCCCGGAAUUUCUUUACUAACGCAAAAUAUGCCCCACGUUGCAGCUCUCGCUUAUGUCUAAAUAGUGCAUUUUAAAGUAAACCUUAGGGAUUGUGAUGUCUUGGAACAUUGAUUUCACGAGUUAAACCUAAGUUUUAUGGAAAGAAAACAGCGAAUAUCUUGAAAAAGGACUAAGCUCAACUCAAUACCAAGCCACCAGUAAAGGAACUGGACACUAGUGUUGAUUCAUACUGCAGAGCUAUGAUCUCUACUGACGAGCUGAUAAGAUCGCUACUACUUAAGCGGAACUCUUUUAUCUCAUUGUCGUUAUGUUUGUAUAAAGCUGGUGAAAUUAACAUAUUAAAGACUAUAUAGAAGAAUACAUUUUAAAAUAAGGGAGAAUUAAUAUUUGCGGUCGUUGUGAUAAUGGCAGUGUGUUGCAAUGGGAAUGACUGCAAUUUUGGUUCGAUACCUCUCAGUUAUAAGGCGUUAAUAUUUAUGUGAAACGCUAUAUAUAUAUGUUCAGGCAGCUUAAGGCAAUAUUUUGUGACAAUGUAAUAGAUUCUGCAUGGAAUGAAAAGCUAUGUUUCAUUGAUGUGAACACCAUUGACGAAUGUUAAAAGGGUAAAUGAUUAUCGUAGGCAGUUUUUUGCACUUUGAAGAUUUAUCAAAUUGCAAUGUAAACCAAGUCCUUGUUACGUGUCGGGACCAAAUAUGAUGUUAUUAUUAAAGAGUUAAAUUAUUAUUUGAAUUAUAAUAAUAUAACAACGUUUAAUUUACUUGCAAUCUAGUAAACAUUUAGAUGUUGUUUUGCUGGUGAUGUUAAACUUUACUAAUGUGGUUGGUCCUGACGUAUUGUCACUGUGCAUACUUGUACAUGCUUAGUGUUGGGCCGUAAGUUCGCACUUAAUACUAUCAUCAAUGUUACUUGUUAACUAUAAUUUCUUGAUUGGAUACAGCUGCUCGUAUGCAUUGAUUUGAUUUAUAUACAAUCUUGAAAUGCAAAAAUUAAAAUAAGAUUAUUUUUUAUGAUUAAUAUAUUCGGCUUUGAAGUUGUUGUUGGAUGUACGUUUGGAGUCUAUUUCCCCCUUAUUAAUUAUCAAAAAAAAAUUGUUUUUGCGAAUUGAAGUUAUAAACAUAUCAUAAGAAAAUCCAUGAUUUAACAAAAAAUGAAUACUUCUUCUAAAACCAAAAGGUUGACUACUUUCUACUUGUCAUUACAUGCAUGUGACAUUAUUUUUCAAAAAUGCUUUCUUUGUUAC